AUUAACGAUUUAGUUAACCCGUGUAAAUGCUUCGCGAUGCUAUUUAUUUAUUAAAUAAACACUAUUGAACAAUUUUUUUAAAGGUUUAAUAUAAAUGAUAAUUUAAAAGUAAUGCUGCUGUUUCCUACAGACAUUAUAGAAGAUUUUAAAGGAUUAUUUUAUAAAUCGUGAGAUGUGAAGUAAAAGGAACACAAUUUAAAACGGAAAACAUUUAUAUCUUAUCCACUGAUCAUUAUAUUCUACAAAAAUGAAAGUGUGUUGUACUAUUUGCUCUGAUCUUUUUGAUGAAAUUAAUUCUAUUGUUUCCACACCAUGUGGUCAUACUUUUCACGACGCUUGCCUCUUCCAAUGGCUUGGACAAUCUAAGACAUGCCCCUCUUGUAGAAAACAUGUGACAAAGAAGAAUAUCUGCAAAUUAUACUUUGAAUCAGCCAAUGGGACUGAAGAAUUAAAUCCAAAUAAAUUACAAAAUGAAGUAGAACAUCUGAAGGCUCAAAUACAUUUAAAAGAAUCAGAGAAACAAAAGCUUCUUCAAGUGAAUGAAGAAAUUAAAGCUUAUGUUAAAAUUGCAGAAGAUAAUGCUGAUAAUGCAAAGCAAAAAUAUUUAGAUUUGUCAACAAAAAUGGCAGCAAUGAAGACACAGCUCAAAUAUAUGUCAAAACAAAAUGCAGAAAUAACAUGGUUACGUGAAGAAAAUUCAUCAUUGAGAAAAGAAAUUGGUCUUUUAAAUAAUGUGCAAACUCUUUUAAAUGGAACACAAAAUGAAGUUGAACAAAUGUUGAAAAACUGUGAAGGACAAGGAUCUUCAAAACAAAUGGCUACCUACUGUUCUUUAUUAAAAAAGGAACUUGAAUAUACAGUAGACAUAAAAAAAAGGCUAAAAACAGAAAAUGAAGUUCUCAAAAAAGAUUUAGGUUGCAAUUUAUCUAAAUUAAGAGAAAAAUGUUCAGAAGUUGAAAAAUUAAAAUUAACUAUUAAGCAUUUAGAAGAAGAAAAUGCAUCUUUAGAAGAAAAAAUCAACAUACUAAUGGAAAAAAAUGGGAAUAGGAAUUUAUCUGGAUCUUACUUAACAUUUGAAAGUCCACCAUCUGAAAAAUCAAAAAGGACUAGAACAACAUUUGAUUACAGAAAUGAUACCAAUAUAUCAAUUUGUUCUGAAAGUUCUCAAAAAAAGAAACUAAAAAUAAAUGUGAUUUCAUCAGUAUUCAAUAACAGAUCAACAACACAUUCUGCUUCUGUGAAGAUAGCUACAAAUCCAUUUAAGUCCAAAAAUGAAAAUAAUGAUGAAACAGAAAAAGAAAAUAUCCGAAUAGGAUAUAAUGGAUUAGGUGGCCAUUCACAAUAUAUUGAGCAAUCAUAUCUUGUUACAAAGAUAAAGGAAAAAAAAGCAAAGGAAAAAUUAUUGUCAAAGAAAAAUGAAACUCUAGAUAAUUUUGUAAAAGUUAAAGUUAUGUAGUUUUAUUACUGUAAAAAGCAUUAUACUCUAAAAAGAUUAUAUAUCAAAACUUAUUUUCUUUAAUCAUUCACCAAAACAAUGACUCUGCAUUAAUCCUUAAGAAAAGUAACUUAAAAAUAAUAAAUAAGUAAUAAAAUUUUUAUUACAAUUUAAGAAACAAAAGAAAGUAAUUCAAAUUUAAAUGUAAAG